UAGAGGAAACACCGCUCAGCGGAGGCACUGAGUGAGAGAGGCACCUAGAGAUUGUGAAGAGAGAGACGAGCUGUGCACGGGCACAAAGAAAAAGGAGAGUUUAAAAAAGAAGAACAUAAAGUAAAGUAGAAAGAAAAGACAUGUGACAUGGAAUACUUUACAGGGACUACCUGAAGAGUCAUAUUUCAACUUUAUAUGGGAGGCAGGAAACAAGACAACCUGUGGAGAUGGGAAGCACAACCCCACCAGUGUACCUCAACGUGAGUGCCGAGAUGAUCAACUCAUCAUCAGGCCCCGCUAAGCAUGAGGAGGGUUACAGUGAGCCAACAAUGAUCCUGCUGGGCAUGAUCAUGUCCUUACUCGUCUUGUGCAUUGUCUUUGGCAACAUCCUGGUCAUCACGGCAAUCGGCCGCUUCCAGCGUCUCCAAAAUGUUACCAACUAUUUCAUCACGUCCCUGGCCUGUGCCGACCUGGUCAUGGGCCUCAUUGUGGUCCCUUUCGGCGCCUGUUACAUCAUCUUCAAUACCUGGCAUUUUGGUAGCUUCUGGUGUGAGUUCUGGACUGCAACUGACGUGCUGUGUGUGACUGCAAGCAUCGAGACCCUCUGUGUCAUAGCUAUAGAUCGUUAUUUAGCCAUCACUUCUCCUUUCCACUACCAGUCGAUGCUGACCAAGAGCAAGGCUCGCAUCGUGGUUGUGCUGGUGUGGGUGAUUGCCGCAUUGAUAUCCUUCCUGCCCAUCCACAUGAAGUGGUGGAUAUCAGACGAUAAGGAAGCUAAGGAGUGCAUCGAGGACAGCAACUGCUGCGAGUUCUACACAAACAUGGCGUACGCCAUCACCUCUUCCAUAAUCUCCUUCUACAUUCCUUUGGUCAUCAUGGUUUUUGUCUACUGCCGGGUCUUCCAGGAGGCCAAGCGGCAGCUGAAGAAGAUUGACCAAAGUGUUGGACGUUUUCAUAACAGCGACAACAGCACCCUCAACCCUUUGGAGGCCAACAAUGGGCGUACCAACAAGAAGGCUAAGUUUUGCCUGCGUGAACACAAAGCCCUAAAGACCCUGGGUAUCAUCAUGGGGACCUUCACUCUGUGCUGGCUGCCCUUUUUCCUGCUCAACGUGGUGGUGGCCAUAUGGAAAGUGGAGGACAUUGACCUCACCUUCAGGAUACUCAACUGGAUAGGUUACGCAAACUCUGCCUUCAACCCGCUUAUUUACUGCCGGAGCCCUGACUUCAGGUACGCCUUCAAGGAAAUCCUCUGCAUGAAGAGGAACCGCCUCAGCAACCAAGGGACGGUGAAUGGAUGCAGGCACAGCUGGCAGAGCGAGCAGCAAGGGCGGAGUAAGGGCAGCUCAGAGGACAGCGACGGCCACGAAGGGUGUGUGGAGAAAGGUGCGGGGGUCUGCAGUGUUGUGGACAGAGUAGUGGACCCAAAUGGGAAUUGCAGCAAAGGCCUAACGACUGUUACGACUGUCCUUUAAACUUGGAGGCCUGAGACGUCAGUCAACAAGUUGAUCAAGACAUGUUUACACUGCUUUGAAAAACUUUUCAUAUUGAAGGUUAAUUUUGAGUAAUAAAGGUUAGGCCAGUCAAACAAACUGGUAUGUGGAGACCAUUUUAAAAAAAACUGCCGUAAGCAUGGUGAGCUGAAAAGCAUUUUUCCCUCUGUUAGCACAGUGAACAGAUACUGUAGGAGAUCACUUUUCCAUGUUGUUACAUUUAUCACUUACAUUUAUAUAUCUACCUCAUCACAUCUUUAAUAUUUCUUUCUUAAGCUAUAUAAACUACUUCACACUACUCCAUAGGACUUACACCAGGACAGUAUGUCAUCUGUCCAUUUACCUGAUGAAAAUGGUUUGUUGAUUACACAACUGCUAAUUAUCUAGCUACAAUUGCAUUUGUGGAAAUCCUUAUCUUGGAUUUCUCGGUGAAAGGGCCCACAAUUUACGAGCAUAAAAUGUUUAUUGAAAUUCAAAGUACAAGUGGUGUCUUUGAGUCGGUAAAAUCCAUUUGAUUAUGCCCGUUUGGCAUUGAUAUUAAGUAAUGUAUUUCAAUCUGAGGAUCAAAUGUGAUACCGUUUUGGUGCUUGUUUUUUUCUUCCGUUGUUUUUAAAAAAAAAAUAUUUAAGAAAUACAUUCCUACACAACCAUGAUUAUAAUUUUGCUUCAUUUACUUUCCAAGGUUUGUUCUUUAAUGGAUUGUCUUUGUGCAAAAGAUGAUCAACAACAGGUGUGGCAGAAUCUAUCUCUCGCUCUCUCUGUCUCUCUCUCUCUCACCUCACUGUGCAGAAAUGUUAAGAGGCCCUUUCCCCGCCUUCAAUGUUUUACAGCCUGUUGCAUGGGAGCUUGUGUUGCCACCAGAUAGUAGCAGAUAUAUGCAUAUUGAGUUAUCUACUCCAAGCUGGUGCACGCUGAGAAACUGCUGAAUGCAUUUUUUUUCCCCUUUUUGCCACUCUUCAUCAAAUAUACUACUAUUUGGUUCACCAUAAUAGCCAUUACAUAAGUGUAAGGCAAAUGGUUACUCUCCUGCCCACCUCUUGGUGCCUUUGGCAGUAAUGGUUGUUCCUAUUGCUGCAGAAACCAUGUUUGUUGAAGAGAUUGUGUACUUGCUGUGUUUCAGCAUGAACGCUGUUUAGUGAAACCAGAGAGGCUCUUUCCUCAGCCAUGGCACAAGGGUACAAACCACAAACAAUAAUAAACAGCACGUUGAAAUUCCCAAGUGAUAACAAAAUUCCAGCCUGAGAUGCAGUGGCUAUGACUGCUCAGGCCAAUAAACAGAGAUGAGGAAAACCGAAAAAUGCAGUGCACCUUUGUCACUGCUCCCUGACAAUUCCCAGAGUCUGGAUAUAUUCACAAAAUCAGUCUAAAAUUUGAAUCCGACAGUCGACAGACCACCGAGCAGUGUCUCAGCUGUUCCAGUUGUUUCAGUCACUCUCCUUCAGUCGUAUCUUGGUGUGCAGUCUCCAGGAAAUGUCCCGGUCCAGCUGAGCCCAGCCCAAUAAACACAAAUAAAUCCAUUAUCUCUGCUGCUUAGCUGGAGAAUCCAAAAAGUCAACACUGAUUUGCAGGUUGGGAUGAGACUUUCUUUCUAAUCACCUGUCUUCAGAUCACAUGGCCCUGGGAGGGUCACUUCUUGACCUCUGCAAGCACUAAUGGACAAUGGGUACUUAGCAUGCAGGGCUGUGUUUGGAGAAGUCAUUACACUUUCCUCACACUAAAUGACUACAUUAGACUCCAGGGGAGUAAUAGAAGUGUUGCUGUAGAUGUAACCCCCUUUCCCCAGUCAGUUUGGCAACCCCCAGUAUGUUCUGAUCAAAGUGACAGCAUGCUAUAUGUGGCCACUGGGGGGGGUGCAGGGAUUCUCUGCCAGUCUAAAUCGGUGUUGGUGACCUGUGUUUUAGUUCGUGUUGUGUUGCCUCUGGAGAAAGAUCAGCUGACUUCGUCAAAACUGUGAACUUUGUUCCCUUAGAGGGAUCUCUAUAUACUGUAUCACUGUUUAGUCAGCACUGUUGUCACAGUCUUUAGGGAUAGACGUAACUACGGAGCCAUCAUACGUCAGUGUUUGCCCUGUGAAAAACAAGCUUUCCUGUGUGUUGAUCUUUUUUUCCUCGAUGGAUUUACGGCAAAGUAAAUGCAAGGGGUUGAAUGUCACCGCAAAUGUCCCCCCCAGCAUUUCCACUGUACAGUAUAUGCACAAAGCACAAAACAGAUGAAGGUUCUAGACCAAUAUUUGGAUCCAUUUUUAUUCUUUUACUCAGAAUUCAUCAAUGCAUUGUCACUAUGUUACGAGUCACAGGAUUCAAAAAGAUCUGUAUUUCAACAAUUCGUCUUCUUUAGAGGCGCUUUUCAGGUGAUUAUUUGCAUGUCUGCUAUAUACGUGUGGUGAUGCGUUUGUGGAUUUUGGUGACAUUUCCUUUCAACGUGAUCCGUUGUCGUCCAAGUGGAACAGGUGGUGAACUAUAUAUCCCCACUGCUCCCUCCUGGCAGUGGCCUCUCCUCGCAUCUCGGCUGUCACAUAGUUAUUAACGAUUAUUGUUUCAUCAAUACACCUGUAUAAUGAGGAACGUAAUUCAUGUCUUCACCUCCUCUUGCUGGAGGACAGAGCGUAGUUAUGUGCAGUGUGUCUUGAAUCAUUAGCUUACACUUCAGCAUUCCAAGUACUGCUGAUGGCUUGGAGCCAAAUGCAAAACCUACAGACCCGUACGAUGUACAGUCAAUUCUCCAAACGAAGCCUGGCCCCAAAUGAUCAUUUUUAACUACCGGUCUGCUAAAAUCAUGUGGUUUUUUUUCUUAUUUCCAAGUUGAUUGUGGGUCACAGACCAUUCUUAGAGGGUAUGUUAAAAUGUAUGACGUACAGUAUGUUUCAGUGUAAAUAUAAUCAAUGUCAUGGAUUGGCACAUUUUGAUAUGAUGAAUGCUCAGGUGAGCUAAUGUCAACGCUAAUGCUGUCAUCACCGAUCCACCAUAGCCCCUGUUGAACGAGAACAGUUCCCCCAUGAUUUAGAUUAGAUCGUUCACGUACUUACAGCAGCACUGUGUCGCACUUUCAUGAAACCUUUGUGGCGUUUUCGAACAACUGAAUUCCGUGUUAUUAACUGUAAAUAAUGGCUGAAGUGUUAUGCUGGGUAACUUGUAACAAUAUUUUUGAGGAAGUCGCUUUGGCCGUUUGUGAUUCAACAUGAACGAGUCGAGAGAAACGGUCACCGUGACAUGGUGGACUAUUCUGAUGAAUCGAUGGAUAUGAAUGUGAAUGUUUGAUGAAAGUUAAAUAUGGCUUUAGCCGUCACGUGACAAGUAAACCUAUCAUAUGUGAACUUCCUAUUGUGACCAGAGUGAAAAGGUCGUCACUCAGGUGAAUGUUUACUAAGUGUUUGCAAGCUAUUUUCGCACAAAUCUUUUUUGUUCACUGUUUGUUGAGGUAAUGAAGCCUAUUACAACAUGUGUUGUCCUGUGGUAUUUAUGGAAAAAAAAAAAGCGUAUGUGCUGUUACAUUUGUAUUGAAAUAAAUGAUGUACAUGUUG